AUGAGAGCCGCUACAACUUGCCAAAAGUUUUACCCUGACCCCGAUGAAGAGACAGUUAUUUUGCGCAUGUUCAUUGGUACAAGCGGCAAAGCUAACCAAGUCUUGUAUUCGGCAUUCCGUCACCCGCAGUACCAGAAGGGAGUUGAUACCGGCUCUAAGCAUUAUCUUGCGUUAGCUCUACCAGGAGGGGAACUGAAGGAUGGGUCUCUAUCUAUCGGCGAGCUAGGUAUUAUUGGACGUUGGGUAUCUCUUUUUAUGCGGUCUGCCCUGGAACAAGAUUACAAAGCCGCCUCGAUUACUCUUAUCUCUAUCUGGGAAUUAUGGACCAUCAACAACCCUCAGGUUCAGACGCUCCUACGCUGGGCUAUGGGAAAGCCGUAUGGUGAUCUCAAAAAGUACGAGUUGGGAAAGGAUGGGCCGUCUCUUUUCCACGUAAAGCCGCGCUUUGCUCUGCAGUCGGCCGUCAGAAAACCAGUAAAGAUCGGCCAAGAGCCCAAACUAGACUACACUGAUGAGAGUGAAGCAGACACUGGCUAA